UACCUUUUAAAAUUUAUGAGUACUGUAUUUAAUUCACAAUGGACUUAAGUUGUACAGCAGAGUAACUGGAAAUCUAACAACAUUUCCUACCAAUACACCAUUGGGAGUUGGGGGAUCAGCCAUUGGUAACAAGCUCUUUCUGAAAAACUAUAAAAGCAAAUUAGGAGUAGCUGGAGCAUAUGCAGAAGUCAAAUCCAGGCAGAUAAAAAACCGGUGUAUGUGAUAUUUAAAAUUACACAUCUCUUUCAAUUGUUACGCCAGGAUGGCCACUGAGGUGGUUAAAAAGAGGUAAAAAUUAGUGAGCAUGACGACUUAAUGUGGGAAACGCUUCUUUUUGCUGUCACUUUUAUCCCGUCAGCGUCAGUUUUGAAGUCUCUGCAUUGCAAUGACAGUUUUAUUAGAAACAGAAGCACUGGGUUCAGGCUGUGCGUGCCCGGAGAAAGACGGUGGGGGUUGCUCUUGCCGUGGUUCCCCCCACCCCACCCCUUAACUGCUGUUUGUUUACAACGUUAAGCAGUGGCUUAAAUAGAUGCCAGGGUGGAAACCCUGAGAGUGGGCGGAGGUGGAAGGGGGGGACACGUUACUUUGGGAGACAUGAAUCAUCCCAGAAAUACACAGUGCGAAGUAGUUGUGGCAGUGGAGAGGCGGGCCGAAGUGCGUGUGUGGUUUUGCUCUCCCUCUCCUCUCCUGUCCUUUCCCUCUCUCUUCAAAAACAUGGCUGAAGCUGGGGCCGGCUUUCUGAAGCAGCUGAAGGCUUGCAUCGUCUGGUCGUGGACCUAUCUGUGGACCCUCUGGUUCUUCGUCAUGCUUUUCCUGGUCUACAUCCUGAGGGUGCCCCUAAAGAUCAAUGACAAUUUGACCACAGUGAGCAUGUUUUUGAACACAUUGACGCCCAAGUUCUACGUUGCCCUCACAGGUACUUCCUCAUUAAUCUCAGGGCUUAUUUUGAUAUUUGAGUGGUGGUAUUUUCGCAAGUAUGGUACGUCAUUCAUUGAACAAGUGUCUGUGAGUCACUUGCGCCCUCUGCUGGGUGGGGUGGACAACAACUCUCCCAACAACUCAAGUACAAGCAAUGGAGAUUCAGAUUCAAACCGGCAGAGUGUUUCAGAAUGCAAAGUUUGGCGAAAUCCACUAAACCUGUUUAGAGGAGCCGAAUAUAACCGGUAUACAUGGGUGACAGGAAGAGAGCCGUUGACAUACUAUGAUAUGAAUCUUUCAGCACAAGAUCAUCAAACUUUCUUUACAUGUGAUACGGAUCAUCUAAGACCUGCAGAUGCCAUAAUGCAAAAAGCAUGGAGAGAGAGAAACCCCCAGGCCAGGAUUUCUGCCGCUCAUGAAGCCUUAGAGUUAAAUGAGUGUGCCACCGCUUAUAUUCUCUUGGCAGAAGAGGAGGCAACAACUAUUGUGGAAGCAGAAAAACUCUUUAAACAGGCUCUGAAGGCUGGGGAAGGCUGUUACAGGCGUAGCCAACAGUUGCAACAUCAUGGUUCCCAGUACGAAGCCCAACACAGACGGGACACUAAUGUGUUAGUCUACAUUAAAAGGAGACUGGCUAUGUGUGCAAGAAAGCUGGGGAGGACCAGGGAAGCUGUGAAAAUGAUGAGAGAUUUAAUGAAGGAAUUCCCUCUUCUUAGCAUGUUCAACAUCCAUGAAAAUUUGCUAGAAGCUCUGCUGGAGUUACAGGCAUAUGCAGAUGUUCAGGCAGUUUUAGCAAAAUAUGACGAUAUAAGUUUACCGAAAUCUGCAACAAUAUGCUACACAGCCGCACUUCUCAAAGCCAGAGCCGUCUCUGACAAGUUUUCUCCUGAGGCAGCUUCAAGGCGAGGACUGAGUACGGCAGAGAUGAAUGCAGUAGAAGCUAUUCACAGAGCAGUGGAAUUUAACCCACAUGUGCCAAAAUACCUCCUAGAAAUGAAAAGCUUAAUAUUGCCCCCAGAACAUAUUUUGAAGAGAGGCGACAGCGAAGCGAUAGCUUAUGCUUUCUUUCACCUUCAGCACUGGAAAAGGGUUGAGGGGGCACUGAAUCUCUUACACUGUACGUGGGAAGGCACUUUCAGAAUGAUCCCUUAUCCUUUGGAAAAGGGGCACCUUUUCUACCCUUACCCCAUUUGCACAGAGACAGCAGACAGAGAACUUCUUCCAUCAUUUCAUGAAGUCUCAGUUUACCCCAAGAAAGAGCUUCCUUUCUUUAUUCUCUUCACUGCUGGUUUAUGUUCCUUCACAGCUAUGCUAGCCCUCCUCACACAUCAGUUCCCAGAGCUGAUGGGAGUCUUCGCAAAAGCAUUUCUUAGUACUCUCUUUGCCCCCCUGAACUUUGUGAUGGAAAAGGUGGAAAGCAUCCUGCCCUCCAGCCUCUGGCAUCAGCUGACAAGGAUUUGAAGGAAAAGGGUCCAGAAUGAAUGCAGUGACAUUUUCUGUGCCAACUUACUGUUGACAGCCAGAAAGCAUGGUUUUUUUAAAAAGGGAAGCCGUUCUACGCUCUUCAUGGAUUGUCUGUUAUCAUUUAAUUUUUUUGUCGUACAAAAUACAUGGAUGUUUGGUUCUAUUCUAUUUUGCUUUCAAUAAAAAAAGGAAAAAAAACCUAAAAAAUAAACUUUUUGUGUAUAGCAGCAA